AUCUCUCAUCUCAAUCAAAACAAACUCUAACAAUGGUGGCAGAAGAAGACUCAAGUCUCACAAAUCUCCAACACAAUUAUAGCCCGACAAUGCCAGAGGUGGUGGAGGAGAUGAAGAAAAUUUGGGACAUAAGUUUCCCGGUGGCCGCCAUGAGCCUAUUAAACUACCUAAAGAACAUGACCUCCGUCGCGUGUAUGGGCCGACUAGGUAGCCUCGAGCUGGCCGGAGGAGCCUUAGCCGUCGGAUUCACAAACAUAACCGGGUACUCCGUUCUCUCCGGUUUAGCCACCGGUAUGGAACCACUUUGUGGCCAAGCCCUAGGCUCUAAAAACCCUUCACUCGCUUCCUUGACCCUCAAGCGAACCAUCUUUCUCCUCCUCUUAGCUUCGCUUCCCAUCUCUCUCCUCUGGCUGAGCCUCCAACCUCUAAUGCUAAUCCUCCGCCAACAAGAAGACAUCACGCGUGUCGCAUCUCUCUAUUGCUCCUUCUCUUUGCCAGAUCUCCUAGCUAAUAGCUUCCUUCAUCCUUUACGUAUUUACUUGCGUUGUAAAGGCACCACGUGGCCUUUGAUGUGGUGCACGUUAGCCUCUGUCCUUCUUCAUUUCCCCAUUACUGCUUUCUUCACGUUUUACAUCUCUCUCGGCGUCACUGGAGUCGCGGUCUCAUCUUUUCUCACCAACUUCAUCUCCUUGUUGCUUCUUCUUUGCUACAUCUACUUGGAAGAACAUAAAAGCGACAAAACCAGUUCCUCACUUUGUCUUAAAAUGCCGUUGCUACUGUCUAGUUCGAGAGACUCUUGCAAUGAUGAAGUGUGGUCAAUACUGAUCAAGUUCGCGGUCCCAAGCUGUAUAGCGGUUUGUUUGGAGUGGUGGUGGUACGAGUUCAUGACGGUCCUCGCCGGCUAUCUCCCGGAGCCAAGGGUGGCGCUAGCGGCGGCCGCCAUCGUGAUCCAGACGACGUCAUUGAUGUAUACAAUCCCCACGGCGCUCUCCGCCGCGGUUUCGACGAGGGUGAGCAACGAGUUGGGAGCAGGACGGCCGGAGAAGGCGAGGACGGCGGCGGCAGUAGCUGUCGUAGCCGCCGUAGCCGUAUCUGUUUUCGGGCUUGUGGGGACCACCGUCGGGAGAAAGGCUUGGGGGAGAGUUUUCACGGCGGAUGGAGUUGUCUUGGAGCUGACCGCGGCGGUUCUUCCAGUGAUCGGAGCUUGUGAGCUUGCCAACUGUCCUCAAACUACAAGCUGCGGGAUCCUACGUGGCAGUGCGAGGCCACGUGUAGGGGCGAAGAUUAAUUUCUACGCCUUUUACGUAGUUGGAGCACCAGUGGCUGUUAUUUUAGCGUUUGUGUGGGGCUUAAACUUCAUGGGCCUAUGCUAUGGCCUACUCGGGGCGCAGAUCGUUUGUGCAAUCUCUAUUUUGACCGUCGUCUAUAAGACAGAUUGGAACAAAGAGUCCUUAAAGGCUCAUGACUUGGUAGGCAAAAACGUCAUUUUACCUGAUAUUGAUCAAAUUAUUGUCCAAUGUGAAGAAGGCAUACACUAACAGAGUGUUCAGUUUGUUGUUCAUACCAUCUCUAUUUCUGUUUCAUUGAUUUCUUUCUGUUUCUAAAAUUUUCCAUAUAUUAAAAACACAUACAUGUUACACAUAUAUAAACACUGCUUCUUGUAACAGUUCAAUGAAUAGUAAAAGCGGCCAAAAUUUUAUUCUUGACACUC